CCUGCGGCCGGCAGCGGUACUGAACACCCAGCAGGACUCUCGCUGCGUUGAGUCAGUAGUUCGCAGAAGCUCUGCCGACUGGAGGGAUGUGACCCCGGAACAGGACGCCCUCCUACAACAACACACCAUUCAAACAGAGCAUAGAAGAAAGAAAAGCUGGACCAGGAGGGAGCCACAGGAGCAGGGGGGAUGAACCGCGAGGAGGCCCCGGGGAAGUCUCCUGAAGACAUGUACGUCCAACAGAAAGUGCGGGUCCUGCUCAUGCUAAAGAAAAUGGGAUCAAAUCUCACGCCCAGUGAAGAGGCUUUUCUCCGGAAUUACGCAGGUGUGGUCCACAGUCAGAUGAGCCAGCUACCACAGCACAACAUAGACCAGGGUGCAGAGGACGUGGUGAUGGCGUUCUCGCGGUCAGAGGCGGAGGACCGGCGACAGUGACCCUGGGCUCCCCCUUUCUACCCAGCUGCAU